UUUGUCGUGACAUCACCUAAGAAUUGUUGAAAAGCUAGUUAUUAUAAUUAUUCCCAUCAUAUUCUCCGGAUAGCUUCAGUGAUAAUCCUUCCAACAAUAGUAGCUUGAGUUUGCACCGAACACGGGCAACGCGUAGCGCCUUUCUAGCCAUUGUACAAUGAAUAGGUGGCGGGAGAACCGUUCCCGAUUUCGUUUAUUUCCGGCGUGGAUACUGCUGGUGCUAGCACAAUGGUGCCUAGCAUCUGUGGCGGCCGAAUCGACCGAUAUCGAGCUGGAUGCAAAGGCUAACAAGAUGCACCAGAUAGAUUCCCUUAAUCUGUUGCUCUACACUUUUCUUCUCACAUUGACCGUGCUAACCAUCUGGUUGUUCAAACACCAUCGUGUUUCCUGGCUGCACGAAACGGGCCUGGCAGUUAUAUACGGACUCAUCGUUGGUGCCAUCAUUCGGUACGCGGGUACCACUACGCCAAUAAUUCACGUUGCCGUCGAACCUGAACCGGACGUCAAGUUUAACCAAAGCCUCCCACCCGACACACUUUGGCUCAAGUUUCCGGGAAUCCUUCCCCACGGAUCCGAUCAGCCAGUGAAAGCCAACAAAACGUAUACAUACAGCUUUCGGGGGGAUCUGGGCAACGCCGAGGAAAACGAGAUCGAUCUUAAAGCUACCUUUGAUCCUGAAAUAUUUUUUAACAUCAUUCUGCCACCGAUAAUCUUUCACGCUGGUUACAGUUUGAAAAGAAAAUACUUUUUCCGGAACCUAGGAGCAAUUUUGAUGUUUGCUAUAAUCGGUACAACGCUGUCGGCAUUUUUGAUCGGAGCCCUAAUGUACGGAUUCGUGCAGCUGAUGCCAAAGCUCAAAUCAAGCUUCACGUUCCUGGAUACGCUCUAUUUCGGGGCACUGAUUUCCCCGACCGACCCUCUGACGAUUUUAGCCAUCUUUAGCGACAAGCAUGUCGACGUCAAUCUCUAUGCACUUGUUUUCGGAGAGAGUGUACUCAACGAUGCAGUGGCCAUUGUACUCAGUGGAGCUAUACAAAAUUACGGUGAACACUACUCGAGCAAUGGAGAGUUCGAAGGGCAUGCAUUUCUUCGUUCGUUGGGCGAUUUCUUCAGCGUGUUCGCUUUCUCUCUAUUGAUCGGUGCCUCGAUGGGCUGCGUUACAGCUAUGAUGACUAAAUUCACACGGAUACGAGAUUUCCCGCUGCUAGAAUCUGCUCUCUUUGUGCUAAUGUCAUAUAGUACGUUUUUGAUUGCGGAAGCCGCGGAGUUGACAGGUGUCGUAGCGGUACUCUUUUGUGGAAUUUGUCAAGCUCAUUAUACAUACAACAACCUGUCGGAUGACUCUCGAAUACGAACGAAACAAAUAUUCGAGCUACUCAACUUUCUGGCGGAGAACUUUAUCUUUUCGUACAUAGGCGUAUCAAUGUUUACUUUUCCAAAACAUCACUUCGAUCCUUUGUUCAUCUUUACCGGUUUUAUGUGUGCGGCCAUAGGGCGUGCUGUUAACAUUUAUCCACUAUCCGCUCUACUAAAUAUUGCUAGAAAGCCAAAGAUAUCGUGGAAUUUUCAGCAUAUGCUGUUCUUCGCCGGGUUGCGUGGUGCAAUGUCGUUUGCGCUUGCUAUCAGAAAUACAGUGUCCGAUGCGCGACACGCCAUGUUAACGACGACGUCCCUAAUUGUGAUUACCACUGUGAUUAUUCAAGGCGGUGCUUCAAAUUUUCUGUUAAAUUGGUUAAAAAUUCCUGUUGGAGUAGAUGAUGAAACUGAGGUGUUACCUUUCCAAGGAGUGCGUAGCGUGUAUAAUUCGAUGGAAAAUACUGUCGGGUCGCUCGAUAUCGGUUUGAACCUCAGUCAGCUCCAAGUUAAUAGGAGAGAAAGUUCCUUGGAUCUUGAAAAUCCCGAUAGUGAGGGGGCUACUACUCCUGGCGGAACCAGAAGAGGACAUGAGAAAGCUGUUCUAGCUAGAUUGUGGGGAAAUUUCGACACAAGGUACAUGAAGCCACUGCUGACACAUUCUCGGCCAACAUUGUUGGAAACUUUGCCAGUUUGCUUGAGUCCUUUAGCUCGACUACUAACUACAACUGAACAAUUGACUCAGGAUGGCCCAACUCGCCGAGCGGAUUCCGACUCGGACUUGUGCAUCGACCAAGAUGACCAUGGUAGUGGGUCGACGGAUGGCACCGUCCGUCGUAACUCUAUCAAUCGCCAACACCGUGACGUGGCACGAGAUGCAAACGAUGCCAUCGGCGUGUUGAACAGUUUGGGAUCAAAUUUCAUGUAGUUCUGUCUCCGGUUUGUACCAUUGCCAUCCCAGCGAUGCGUAAUUUUUAUGUAAAGGAUACUUUCUUAGUUGUGUCGGGUUAUAUUUUGCAUGCUUGCCGCUAUUUCGGUUAUCGAACUAAUCUAUUGAUUAACUAAUUGACAAGCCAACGAACAGUACGUUCGACCCGUUACUUUUGUUUUUUUAUACUUUUUUUUUUAUUUCAAUCGAUUUAUCUCACCUGAUCGAAUAUUGUUUUUAGCGAAAACAAGGCGCUUAAAAUACAUGCUGAGUGGUCCGCUGCCCCCUUGCUGUAGAGCAACUCUGUGAAGAAAAAGCGAAAAUGUGCCUAACCAAAAUUACCGCAUUACCACAUGGUUUGCCAUAUGUUUCCUUCGUAUUAGUUACUUAGUUUACUUUAUAGUUGAACAUUUUAUAUGUUAUUUAGUUUAUAUUUUAAAUUAAUUAUAAGAUUAUGGGUUGGGUCAAAGUUAUCUCUGUGAGUUGUUCCUGUGAAAUAAAUAAUUCUAUUGGAGUUUAAAAACAUAAUAAAUCGUAACUCAACAUGUGGUAUGAGCAAAGUAUCAAGUGAAACAGGACAGAUCUCUGAUCAUUGCGACUGGAAAAGGGCACAAAAAUGUGCAUGUAAUUGGAUACGUCCAAGAAAGCUUCUAGCGUUAGCGAUAGGUCGCUUCAAAUAUUUAUGAUUUCAACCGCAUAAUUGGAAACAAUCUCAUGCUUUGUGUCAAUGUUCCUUUCUCAAUUUGAACAAAGGUACAACUACAAAGAGACAUUCAGGUUCGAUCGGAACAUCUCUGUUAAUGUUUAUCAGAUUUUACUUUAUAAUUCCUUGUUAUGUCUGCUCUACUAAAUUAAUGCGAACCGUGAAAUGCAAAUACAGUGAAUAUUUUGUGCGUACGCCUGGGUAGCUGAUUAUUGUCGGUGUACUUAGAGUAUAUAGAAGUAAAAUUUUAAUUGAAAUGUUCACUUAUAAAACAAAGAAAAGGAACGUAUAACGGCAGCAAAUACGCUGGAGUUUUAGAGCAUGGUUAACAAUGAAAAAUGAAUGACUACGUUAACUAGUAGCGUUGAAAACUGUUUCUUAUGAAAUAAUUAGCAAAAAAUGUUUCACAAUACCGAUCGAAUUACCUACAUUGUCCGAAAGAUUGCGUCAUUCUGGAGCUGUUAGGUUACAUUCUUUCUUUAUUUUACAAAGUGAUGUGUAGGCAAUCAAAAAAGAGACUAAUGUAGGUAAAAUGUCACGACCAUAAGUUGUAGGUUUAGUCAGCAAGAUAAUAAAUGGUGCUUGGUGAAGAUCCUGCGAAAAGUGUACAGUGGCGCAUGGAAAAUUCAAUGUAAAAUGAAAUACAAUGAUAUUAUAUUA